AUGCUGCGCCGCACGCCUCGCUGCUGCACCGACGUGCGGCAUACGAGUGUGCCGUCGUUCAUGCAGCACCCAGUCGAGAUGGCCUUCUACUUCCCUCGCUUCCACCCCGACACGCAUGUCAACCCUGCAGGUAUACCGGAGCUGAUCGACGCCGUGGGGCUCAUGACGCGGCGAUCUCGUGCGGAUAGCACUGCAUCCGCCGCCACCUCGGCCGCGGCGAGCGCCAUGUCGCGUGCACUACCGCCGACCCGGUGGACAACGACCGUCUCAGCGACCGCGCAGCCCACAACGGAUGCCUCUGUAGCCGAGGCGCAGAAGGACAGCGUGAAGAGUCUCUUGCUGCUGGAGCGCGGCAUUGACAUCUUGAACAGCGCCGGCGGGGUGCGUAGCCCCGCGGUGGCAAACCUCCUCCGCCCCCUCUACGCCGCGCGCUUUGAGGUGCUGAACGGCAGCGAGCACCUGCCGCGCUGCGAGUACGCGACACGGGUGCAUGUCCACAAGGCCAUCCUGCAGCAAGCCGCUCCGCUGCUCUACUACAACGACACGUGGGACAAGUCUGACGUGCACCAGGUCGACACAGCCUGUGUUCUGGUAGGCCACUUCAUGAAGGCGUUCUGCGCGCUGCACCCGCAACCCUUCCACCCCCAGCUCGCUCCCGCGGCGAGUGAUGGCGCUGGCUCAUCCAAAGCGUCAUCGACAAGGAUGACUUCCGGCGGCAGCAGCAGCAGCAGCGUCGCCUCAUCGUCCUCUCCACCACGGCCACCUAAAGCCAUGUUCAACCCGGCCGAGUGGAAGAUGCUCGUUGGUGACGACGGAGAAAAAGCAUAUCUGACACUGGCGAUGGUGCAAGACCGCAUCGAAGAGCUGCUGCGCCUCGCCACCGCGGCACAUGACAAGCACGGCAGCACUCACCCGGAGCUGCGCUGGUUGCGGCCGAAGCUGCUCGUGCUGAAGGGGCUGCUCGCCAUUCCGCUCACAGGGCACCUCCUCCACGCACAGCGGUACAUCGAAGAGGCAGCCAACUACGUGGAUGCGCUGACGAGGCGCAAGAACCUCCUGCUCGACGGACUGAAGGAGCGCACGCAUGAGCCGGAGCUUGGGCUCUAUAUGCUGCUGCAGGCGGAGAUCGCCGCCCGCGCCUUUGACUGGAAUCUAGCGCCUGGCCACGUCGAUGGUGAUGUGGUUAACAUGUUCACCGACGCUGCGGGCUACUACGCCGAUCCGCCCAACACGACCCUGGACGGGGACGCCAUCAUGUCGGAGCGCAAGCUCCCUGAGCAGCGGUUUGAGGCGGAGGCGUACACGUGCUGCCUACGCAGCUACGCGGCCUUCCUGCUCGGCGCGCCACGCCCCAAGGCGGCGGCCACGCGUGACUUACCAGUGUUUCUCGCGAAGCAGCUCUUCUCGCUGAACCCGCUGCUCACUGUGGCGACACCGUCCUCGCUUAUCUUUAGUGAUGUGCGGAACGUGUUGGAGUUGCCGCUGGAGAUGUGCCGUCGCCGCACUGGUGAGGCCCUCGAUCGGGCCCUCAAACUGAAUCGCAUGCUCUACCCCGACUUCCGCCAGAACGCACCAGCGGCAGCGACACUCAUGACGAUGGCGUGCCUGUACGCUGACACACGCGACUACCUGUACGCCACAGGGCUCUUCGAGUCAGCGAGCAAGGCCGUGACGUACAACUUCGGCGGCACCUCGCUCGAGCACGUCUUCCUGCAGAAGCUCCGGUACGAGUUCCUCGCUGGUGUGGGGUCGGAGCAAGAGGCGAAGACCGCCUCGCACGAGGUGGUCCAUCUGCUGAAGCGCAUGGACGCGCUGCCGUGCUGA